GCAUUGCUUUUCAAGAUAUCAUCGCAGUUAUCGAGUGAUCGUGGCGUCGAAGUGAUCGUUAACCAAAAUAUUUGUUUUUAUACGUUGCAAAAACUUAAACAAAUUCAAAAAUCAAUUGAUAGUUCCACAAAUUCAACUAAUUAUGUGAUCUGAUAUCACUCAAUAAAGAAAGACCUUAACAAACAAAAAACGCAAACUUUAAAUUAGUUGAGAAAAAGAAAGAGAAAGCAACCGUACACUCGUUUGCUUGUGUUUUCUUAAAUUUACAAUGCCAUCACGAAAUAAGAAAAACAGAAAUCGAGCACAACCAACAAGUGGUGCAAGCGCAACAACAACAGCAACAACGAAAAAUGAAGCAAGUGUUAAAAUUAACGAAGAUUCGGGUCCUACCAAUGUGACACCACAAGAAACCGAUUUGAAAUGCACCAUUACCGAAGCAAAGGAGAAACUGGAUCAAUUACAACAAAGUGUUGAUACGAUUAAAGCAAGCAUUGUUCAAACAAAAUCAGAUGAAUCGCAUGCCAAGAAACCAGAUGUCGACCAACAUACUCCUAUUGCUAUUAACGAAGAAAAAAGUGAAGAACCAUUUGAGUCGCAAACGAUGAAGAAGAAACGAAAUCGGAACCGUAAUCGAAAUCGAAACAAAAACCAUCAAGGUGCAACGGAUACGGAGAGUGGUGUGAGCAGUACAUCGGGAACAAAUGAAAAUAGUACACAUGAAAAUAGCCCAGCACCAGCAUCAUUAAGCGCCACGAUUUUAUCAAUAAGUGAAGUCAUUACUUCGGAAAUUAAGGAGGAACCGAAACAAAUCGAAUGUAAAGAUGCCAAACCUGAUAAACUUGAUCUUGUAUGCGCAUCAGAAACCAAUGUCGAAACAUCUGCUCCACCUGAACCUAUUGGAAUCGUUGACAUUUCAAAAAUACCUGAAAUCAAGUCCGACAAAAAAAUCGAUGAAAAUAUUUUAAAAUUAAUCGAAAGUGAAAAGUCAGACGUAAAAAUUGAUGAACCAGCAAAGAAGAAAAAUGACGAGAAAAUGAUUGCCAGUACAUUAAAAUCAGUUGAAAAUGAACAAAAUGACAGAGAGAUUGAAGUAGCUUUGGAAAAAUGUGAAGAAAGUGUGAAAAAAUGCGAUUCUAAAGAUAGUGAAAAACAAACGAAAAAUCGCCAAGCAAAAAACACUGCCAAUAAAAAUCAAAAGCCAAGCCCUGUCGUAGAAGACCAAAUGAAGACAGGCGGAAACAAGGGCGAAGCAAAUGUCCAGCUGGUAGAUAAAAACGAUAAAAUUGAUAAGAAAGAUAAUUUAAUGGAAGCCGAAUCUAAAAGUAGUAGCAAAAAUUCGAAAGAAAAUAAAAAGUCACCGAAACCCAAUAAAAAGAAUCAAACGAACGAGAAUAAAUCCACCGAAGUGGUUGUUCAGCAAAAGCCAAUUGAACCGAAUGUAUUAGAUAAUGAAGCAGAAAAAAGAAACGAUGAUUGUGAAUGUAUUCCAAUCGAAAAAAUCGAUGAGACUAAAAUUCAAAGCGAACAAACGAAAGUCGAUCAAUCGCUAAAAAUCUCUGGCGAAUCAGUUAAAACGGAAGAAAAACUACAACAAAUACCAUUGCCAUGCGAAAAAAAUCAAAUUGAAAAUAUUCCAAAAGGAACAAAACCAGAGAUGCAAGAGCAAAUCAAACAAGAAACCAACAAAGCAGACGUAAAUCAAACAAAGCAUGCAAACGAGCCGAAAAUUAAGAAAGAAAAGGAAAUGAAAGAAGAUAGUAAGCCAGAGAUAAAACAUGAAAUCAAAAGUGAAACAGAAAAUAAAGAAAAGACCAAACAGCAGCCAAGUGAAGCAAAGCCAACUCAAUCGGUUUCUCCGAAAGAAUCGAAAAAAUCCAAAGGUAAAAAACCACAACAAACUAAACCACAAAAUGAUCAGAAGCCUGAAGAUGAAAGCUCCGGCAACACCGCACCGCCCGAGUAUAAAUCUGACAUCAAAUCCACGCCAAUUGAAGUCGAACAGUCUACAAGUGACACAGCAGCUCCAAUUGAAGCUUUGCCACAACCCGAAAUAAAAAAAGUCGAAAUUGAGUCUGCGUUGCACGUUGAAAAACCAAAUGAAAGUGCUGCCAAAGAUGAUAUUGUUGUAACAGCAGGCAUGGAAAAUAAUCCAAGCCAAGAAAUUGCAUCAACGUCAACAGCUGUUGUUGAGCCGAAAACUGAAACUGAACUGAAAAAGUUGGAACUUUGCGUUGAUGAUUCUACAAAAACACCAAGAACAACCCCAGUUUUGACAACACCAGCACCGGAAACAUCUAAAAAGCCCCUUCAACAAGAGGACGAAACGUCAAAAAUAUGGAAAAUACUUGAAGAAGCGAGCAAAAGUUUGGAACCAGUUGAAAUACAAAUGGACGAUCCGGCCAUGUCAAAGAUUCAACCAGUACCUAUCGAAACAGCAAUUGCAAUCAAUGUGAGUACAACGAAAGAAACAAAAAAAGAGGCACAACAGUUAGUACAAUUGCUCGAAACAAAAGAACCAAUUAAGACAAAGCAACAAAGUCCACAACCGAAAGCAGCAAAGGCAAAAGACAAUGGUCAACAGACCAAAAGUGCUAAUGUAACAAAAACGAUUGAUAUGCAACCGAAAAAAGGAGCCGAACCCAAGAAAAAAGAUACAAAACCAGCUCCGAAAAAUGUAAAAGGAAAUAAAGUGGUUCAAUCAACGCCAGAAAAAACGCCCGAUAAAACGCUCGAUAAAACGCCCGAUAAAACGCCCGAGAAAACACCCGAGAAAACUCCUCCAAUCGAAGAAAAUAAAGAAGAUAGUGCUGCUGUUGCCGCCACCGCCGCCGUCGCAGUUGUUGCAAACGAUCCAAUUGAAGAAAUUCCACUUGAUGUUAGCAUAAUGCCAAGUGAAAUUGAGGUGGCCGAAUUAAGUGCCGACUCAAAAAACGUGCAAGGAAGCGAUUUUGCAGCGUUUGCUGAGCAAUCAGCAGUCGAAGCAAAAUCGCUGGAACCAAAAAUUGAAAUGAAAGUCGAACAACCAAUUGAAAUCAAAAACAAGUCAAAAAGCAAAAGUCCAAUGAAUUUGAGGACGGAAAAUAUUGAAAAUGCUUCAGUUCAAAUAGCAGAACAAUCGACUGCAAAGCAAAACAAAAAUAGCGAAAAAACCGAAAAUGGUUCACAAAAACCAACUGAACCAAAAAAACUGGAAGCGAUAAAAUCGGAAUCAACAUCCAAAUCGCCGUCAAAGUCAGUGUCGCCGGAAAAAAGUAAAGCGAAUAAUAACCAAAAUGCAAAAGUAAAUUUGAAAAAUGCACAAGGAAAAGUCACACAAAACAAUAAAAAGUCGAAUGGAAAACCGACUGUUCCACCGAAACCGGAAAAUUUGAUUAGCAGCCAGGCAAAUAAAUCACAAACAAGUGUAAAAUCCAAUGCAGUUGACGAAUCAAAAAAUGAAAAAAUUCUCGUUUUAACUGGCCACAAUGAAGACGAUGACAGUGAAGACGAUUACAUUGAAUACAAAUUUAUGCCACGACAAGUGUUCAUUUCGACCAUAUGCCAAUCGUGUAAGAAACCAACGACUUCAAUUGAACGAGUUCUGUGCCAACUUUGUCAAAUGGUCUCAUACUGUUGUGCCGAACACGUGAAAAAUGACGAACCAAUUCACAAAGAUCUGUGUGCCGCACUUCAGGAAAUUGCUAAGAAACGAGGCGGUCACAUUUACAACAAUGCCCGUAUUCUCAAUAACAACGAUUAUCGCAGUUUACGUGUUCAUACAUUGAAUUUAUGUGAGAAUUUUUUGAAACGACCUUUACAAACAUAUGAACGCGAAAUUUUACUCUUUCCACGCUUGUGCUUAACGCCAACAUGUCGCGAAUGGCGACAAAAUCUUUUAACCGAUUGCCCAACUUGUGGCCAGGUGUUUUAUUGCACCAAUCAGCCAGAGCACUUGAUUGAAUCGCAUCAGCGAUGGUGCAAAUCGGUUGCACUCUAUCAAAAAUUAGUGGUGACCCAAAGCAUGUCUGGUCGUAUCGAACCAAAUUUACCAUCACGUAUACAAACUAAACCGUACUCAUUGCCAAAUUCGAUCAGCGACGUUUUUAAGGAUUUGUACAAGAACUAUUCAGCCAUCAAAGAUGAAUGUGUAUUUGCAACCCUAACACAAUUGGCAACAGCUCCUUUGACCGCUUAUUAUGCAACACAAAUAUCAACGGAACAAAUUGGUGAAAAGUUUACGAUCCAUUUAAUAGGCGCCGAAUUACAAUUUGAGGCUGAUGUAUUAGAUAUUUGGGAAACUUUUUUCCUCCAUUUGGCACAUAAUCUUAUGGAAUUAACAAUUGUAUUUUGUGGUCCUGAAUUGAAUGCAGAAAAUAUACCAUUGGACAUAAUAAGUCGGAUUAGAAUGUGUCGAACAUGUCGUCAAAAUUGCCGCAUCGUCAAAUUUGAUUUUCAAUGUGCCAAAUUUUAUCAUGACUAUGCCAUGAGCAGUGCAUACACGAAGCCGGAUUUAAUUUGUUUUUUCAAUCCAGGAUUUCAUCAUGUGAACAGCCUCAACGGAAUCGAUACAUGGUCGCCGACCAUAAAAAUAGCAUCGAGUUCGGGUUGUCCAGUUGUAAUAACAUCAUACACUGAAUACGAAUCACCACGAGAUUUGGAACGUUUCCAAAGCGAGUCAGCCAACGGUGGCAAACAAAUGAAUCUUGUUCAUGGACCUGAACUAAAUGCGUAUGCAUCACAACGUCCCGAACGCAAUUUCAUUUCAGACGAAAUUGCCCCAUUGAUUUUCAAAAAUUAUUUUUGCUUCAUCAUGAAAUGAGUUUUUGUUCUUUUUUCUUCUUCUUUUCAUUUCAGCAUUUGCUGAACAAUUUCAUGCAAAUUUAUUAUGCUACUGUAGCAUUGCUACAUAAAUUGGGUAAAAUAAAUUUGAUUUUGAAUAGUUAAAACAAAUGGUGAAUAUAUUAACUGCUUUGAAAAAUGGAUCGUUUUAUUCCAAAAAAAAAGAGAAAAUAAAUCAAACAGAAAAAUCAAAUUGUUAGGAUUUCACUACCUAAAUCGUAUUACGAAAAUGAAUUCUCGCAAACUUGUCCGUUUUUUCCAAUAAAGUCUACAUAAAUCUCGAAAAAGCGUA